UCUUAAAAUUGAAAGGCUUGUUUGUUGUGGGUUUUCUUUUCGGUCUAUAAAACAUAUAAGAGAAUGUUGCUCAGAAUAUUAGCAUUUUGCGCGAUUAUUAACCAAGCUUCUGGAAAUGGCGGAAGACUUAUAGAUCCUCCAGGUCGGUCAAGCGCUUGGCGUGAUGGAUUUCAGACUCCACGUAAUAACAUCGAUGACAAUUUGUCUUGUGGUGGAUUUCUGACACAAUUAUCAAAUGGCGGGAAAUGUGGCGUCUGUGGGGAUCCCUGGAAUGGCAAGCGCGAAAACGAGGCUGGUGGGAAAUACGCAACAGGAACUAUUGUUAGGAAAUAUUCUAUUGGACAAACCAUCAAUUUACAAGUUGACAUUACCAGUAAUCGGUACGGAUGGAUGGAAUUUAGAAUCUGCCCGAACAAUGACGCCACGAAAGCCGUCACCCAUGAUUGUCUGAACGCGCACGUGCUACAGCGAGCUGACGGCAACGGCACUAAGACAUAUAUCACGGUAAAGCGGUACGGCGUAUGGAAUAUGACGUAUAAAUUACCAACCGACAUGAAAUGUACACAGUGUGUUUUACAGUGGAAAUAUAACACAGGUGACACGUGGGGUGUAGAUGAAGUGACCGGAAAGGCUUGUAUAGGAUGUGGAUUGCAGGAACAAUUCUACGGUUGUGCUGAUGUUUCUAUACAGGAGACCGGGAAUAAUAUAACACCAAAGUCUCCCCGAGCUCUAACUACUAAAUCACCUGAUUCGACUGCUCAAGUAUUUGUUUCACACUAUAAUUUGUUUUGA